UUUCUUUUGCAAUAAGAAAGUCUUAUUUUAUCAUUUAUUUUAGUUAGUAACAUCAAUUUUAUUCUAAUUUCAAUUGAGUGAUUUCUUUCAUAUUUGACUUUUUCAUAAUUGGUAAAUUCAUAAAUUCAAGCCCUUUAAUUCAUUUUAACUCUCAUCAUAUGUUUAAUGCAAAAAGUGCGGACAAAUUACAGAAACUUUACUAAUCGGAGUUAUAGCCCCUGAUCAAGGACAGUUAUCACGUUAUUCCGGAUAAGGUCCACUGUCACCAUGGCGACACGCGGGCUUGUUCUGUUGGUGUUAGUGGCAGCCUUUUGUGAGGCGGCAAAAAAACAAGGUAAUGUCGAUUUCAUCGGUGAGUGGAACUUUCCCAGUCUCCCAUCUCUAUCUAAACAAAUACACAACUUUAUUUCGGGCAAAUCUAGCACUCAGUAUUUGCAACGUGUUAACGACAAACCAAAAGCCUCGCUUUCGUCCAGACAAAGGGGGAGGCAGUUUUCUCCAAGUCGACCCCCGGUGCCUCCCCCGGCGCCUUCGUUCAGUAUCCAUGGCAACAGUCAAUAUUUGAAUUAUCCCAAAUCCCAGAACUUGAAGAUAGUCCCGCGGGUCAGAGCAAGGGAGAGGAUUUUCAUUCGGAGCCAGUUGAAUCCUACCCCAACACAGCAAAUGGCAAGACCCCAGAGGGCCCAAGUAAAGCCGGUCCACCCACAGUACCAGCGUCCUCCUGAACCCCGCACUAACCGUAACCACCGACCUUCUACGUCACGUAUAGUUCAGGCGAGGGGACCGUCUCACAACCCGCCAACAGUGCCGUCGUCUCCGACGUUUGCUUAUACCGUCCCUCCAGUGCAUCAAGCCCCGCCUCAACGUCAACCUCAACGCCAGCAUCACGUUAACCACAGCAGGAACCAAGGUAAACCUCAACCUCAGAAGCAACAAUUUUUCUACCCUCCCCCACAGCCAGUUCAGCAACAAUCACCGCAACCAGUGCAACAUCAAGCGCCGCCGUCAGUGAAACCGCACCCACAGUUCUAUCAGCCACAAACCUAUCCACCAUCUCAACAAUCGCAACAAAAACCGCCGCCACCAGCAGAGAGAGCAGCCAAUCCUCCAUCGCAACCUCUACCGCAACAGCCGAUGGUCGCCCACCCACCAUACGGAGUGCCCCCGCAGUACUACCAAGCAGGGUAUUAUCCCUACCCCCAGUACUACCCCCCUCAAGUACAUCAGGUCCCACCCCCGGCACCGAAACCUACAACUACCCUCGCCCCAACCACUACCACUGCGCCAGAGAGGGAAGUGGAGGUUGAAGGCAAAGGAAAAGGUGGUACCACCGCCGCCCCUCAAACAAAGCCACCACUGCAAUAUCUCCCGGUACAGUACGUGCCUGUCCCCCAGUAUAUCCCGGUGCCUCAGAACCAAGCACCUGUACAGCCUUCAUCGUUUUAUCCAGUUCCUCAGGUGACCGAUCCUCCGCCGCCAGUGCAAUAUAUUCCCGUACCGGAAACCGCUCAACCACAACAACAACCGCAAUAUAACCCCAUACCACAAACUGCACCCCCUCAACAACAACCACCGAUUCACCAGACUCUUCAUCAACAACAGCAACAACAUUAUGCUCCCAUUCAACAACAACAACCGCAGCAUUACAUUUCACAAACGCCCCAACCUCAACAAUAUCAUCCCAUCCCAGAAUAUCCAAUGCAAGCGAUGUCUCACACCCCUCAACAAUACAACCCGGCUCCACAGGCUCAACAACACCAGCAAUACAAUCCUGUUCCAGAGACCCCUCAACCCAAUUAUCAGCCAUAUAAUCCCAUUCCACAAAGUCCCCACCCACAGCAGCAACAAUACGCCCCAAUACCUCAUGCAACACAGCCACCUCGAUAUCCUGUAAUCCAGACCACUGUGGCCCCACCCAAUCCACAGUGUAACUACUGGUACAUUGACCGUGGUGUGUACAAGUGGUAUCCCUGCCAGCUCCCGAAAACCGGUCCACCACCAACGGUUCAACCUAAAGUGGUCACAACUCCCAGAAAAACCACAACUACCACCACUACUACUACUACCACAACGACUACAACCCCCGCCCCCACCCCCGCACCCACCCCAGCACCGACACCCGCACCCACUCCGAAGCCAACCCCAGCGCCAACUCCCGCCCCAACCCCGGCGCCAACUUUAGCGCCAAUUCUGCCGCCAACCACUGCUGCUCCACAGUAUAAUUCCCCUCAGUGCGACUACUGGUAUAUCGAGAAUGGUGUGUACAAAUGGUACGAGUGUCCUACCACUAACCCCCCUACCACUACACAGUCACCCUUUCAAGGACUGUUCGAUUUCUUCUUUGGUGCUCCCACGCAACCGCCAGUUCCCACGCAACCUCCGAGGCGCCAAUUUUCAAAUUUGCGUAACUUUAAUAACAUUGAAUCACAUUUCGGCGGUGCUAGUAGUUUUAAUAUGGAACCAUUUUGGAAGCCUUCACCGGUGAGGUUGGAUAUUACGUAUAAAGAAGUUGAGAGAAAAUCGUGAACAGUGAAGUCGAAACAAUGAAAAAAUACAGCACUGCAUUCUUGUAGAUUGAUCGUGGGUUGUCGGACAUUGUCAUUCAUAGUGCUACUCUAAGAAUUGACCUGUGGAUUUCGUUACGCUUCAAGAAAUAAGAUUAUACUUAUUAGAUCUGUGGUUCUUUGGUUUUUAAGUGCAGAACUGUUUCUGAUUACUUGAUGUUUACAAGCGAUGUUUUCAAUAUUUUAUAAUAAAAUAUAAAAAUGGCUGCAUUGCACUUGAAAAAUAUGUUUUUUGCC